AUGGAAGAUCUAAUUUCUUUGGUUAAAAAUGAUCUAAAGAACAAUGACAAGACUGCAGCAGUAGCAAAAAUUCAAAAAUAUAUAGAAAAACAAGAUAAUAUUCCACUAAAUAUUGCCAUCACAGGGGAAACUGGUGCUGGUAAAUCCACCUUCAUUAAUGCCAUCAGAGGUUUGAGUGAGAGUGAUGAGGGAGCUGCUCCUACCGGCUUUGUAGAAACCACCACGGAGGUUACAGCAUACCAGCAUUCAAACUAUCCCAAUGUUACAUUCUGGGAUCUUCCUGGAAUCGGCACCACCAAGUUUCCAGCUGAUGAGUACCUGAAGCAUGUUGGAUUUGAGAAGUUUGACUUCUUCAUCAUCAUCUCAGACACUCGCUUCAGAGAAAAUGAUGUGAAACUCGCUCAGGAGAUUCAGAGGAUGAAGAAAAAGUUCUACUUUGUUCGUCCGAAGAUUGACAACGAUAUACGUACUGCAAAAAACAAGAAAAACUUCAGUACAGAGGGGACUCUUACAACAAUCAGGAAUUACUGCACCAACAGUCUUAAAAAAUUGGGCGUCCAGUCUCCACAGGUCUUCCUGGUGUCCAGCUUUGAUCUCCAACUGUACGACUUCCCUGACUUAAUUGAGGCCUUAAAGAAUGACCUUCCUGAACUAAAGAGAGAUGCUCUGCUGUUUGCCAUGCCCAACAUCAACCUGGAGAUCAUCAACAAGAAGAAAGAAGCUCUUCAGUCAAAAAUAAAAUACUACGCCACUCUAUCUGCAGCUGUAGCAGGUGUUCCAGUUCCUGGGCUGUCAGCAACCAUUGAUGUAAGCUUGAUUGUUAAAGUUGUCAGAGAUUAUGUGGCUGCAUUUGGACUUGAUGAGUCCUCUCUUAUGAGAUUUGCCACUAACACAGCAACCUACAAAGUUCUGAACUAUUUCCUUGAUGCACUUGCUGAGGAUGCUUCCGUGCAGACCGCGUCAUCAGAAUUACUGCUGAAUAAAGUAUUCAUCAUCUUUCCAAGACCAACACGCAGGACAAGCAUGGAAGUUCUAAUUGCUGGAGUUAAGAAGAAAAUGAAGAACAAUGACAUUGCUGCAGCAGCUGCAAAGAUUAAAGAAUAUUUAGAGAAGGAAAGGAAUGCCCCACUAAACAUUGCCAUCACAGGAGAAAGUGGUGCUGGUAAAUCCAGCUUUGUUAAUGCCUUCAGGGGUAUAACAGAUGAAGAUGAUGAAGCUGCACCUACUGGUGUUACAGAAACGACCUCAGAAGUCAAACUGUACCCCCAUCCAAAGUAUCCCAAUGUUACUUUAUGGGAUCUUCCUGGAAUCGGCACCACCAAGUUUCCAGCUGAUAAGUACCUGAAGCUUGUUGGAUUUGAGACGUUUGACUUUUUCAUCAUCAUCUCAGACACUCGCUUCAGAGAAAAUGACGUGAAACUUGCUCAGGAGAUUCAGAAGCUGGAGAAAAAGUUCUACUUUGUUCGCUCAAAGAUUGACAACGAUAUAAAUGCUGAGGGAAGAAAGAGAAACUUCAGUAAGGAGGGAGUUCUUACAAAAAUCAAGGAAGACUGCAUCCACGGUCUUACACAAUUAGGCAUCAAGUCUCCACAGGUCUUCCUGGUGUCCACCUUUGAGCUCCACCUAUACGACUUCUAUCUCUUACAUGAGACCUUAGAGAGAGACCUCUGUGAACUCAAGAAGUAUGCUCUUCUUUCGGCCAUGCCCAACAUUGACCUGGAAAUCAUCAGUAAGAAGAAAGAAGCUUUCAAACACAGAAUACAUCUCCUGGCCACUCUGUGUGCAGUUGGAGCAGUUGUUCCCGGACUUUCUAUUGCUAUUGAUUUAGCAGUGCUGGCUGGUGCUGUCAAAGAUUAUGUACUCGGGUUUGGUCUUGAUAUCCCGUCUCUGAAGAGACUUUCCAGUAGCACAGGUGUGCCAUACAAUGAUCUAUGUGCUGUCAUCAAUUCACCCCUGGCUGCAGUAGAAAUAACUACAGAGCUCCUCCUGCAGGUGAUAAUGGUCCAAUCUAUUGACAAAACUUAUUUAAUGACAGCUGAGGAAAUAAUCAGCUGGAUCCCAAUAAUUGGAAUCCCGGCAGCAAUCCAUUUCUCUUUCACAAGCAUCUCCAAGCUUCUGAAUGUUAACCUCAGCCAGCUCACUGAAGAUGCUCGGAGAGUCUUUCAUAGGGCUGUGGGUAUCAAGACAUCAGUGUGAUAUUGUAAGUUUAAAAUAAUCAUUCACCGUUUAGUGAAAAAGUUAAAACUGCAGUGUAGGCAAACAAGCUUUUUUUCCUUAUAAGUACUAUAAAUUAAAAUAAAUAAUCUGAAUCAUAAUAGCUGUACAUUUGAACCAGUAUCCUUGUACAGCUGAUCUGUGUGUUUGAGGCCUCAGCAGGUCUCAUUUCCUCUGAUAGAUCAGAAACAGAGUAACUUCUCCCACCGUCACACACUUUCACACAGUUCCUUCUGUUCCAGAAAGGAACUAAACUGAACUCCAUGAACUUAAACUCCUGCUGCACCUGAACCAGCUGAUUGACACUCAUUUAUAUAGUUGCUGUCAAAGUGCUGAGUGGAACAAAUAAAUCUGUAGAAGUUUAUUAUUUAUUGUCAGCCCAGAAUAAAAUCCCUACUAUGUGACUCUGUAGACAGUAAUGGAGCUGUCACACUGUUAAACAGUUUCAUUGUACUGAAAGCAUUUACUGUAUGUUACUGUAGAAUCACUGCUUAAGAGCAACACACUGAUCAAUGAUCAGUCAUUUGCCAUGGGGACAGUGUGAAUAUUUGAGUGAAGAUGAGGCUGAAACAACUAAGACUAAGAAAUGAUUUAAAAAAAUCAUUAUUUUAAAGUGACUUCUGCAUACAGUUGGAUUGUAAUCUCAUUACGUUUCAAGUUAAUGUUCAGAUUGUGAUGGUGGAAUGGAGCAUUCAGACAGCUCUAUAAAAGGUGAGACAUCUAAAGUGUGUCUUAUGAGAGCUGCCCUCGAUUUAUUUAGUUAAAUGUGAAAAAAUAAUUAACUCUUUCUGUUAACAGAAGUUAGUAAAACUGCUAUCUGCUAUGGCUGUAAGAGGGAAUUCUAUCAAUAAAGGCUGAUAUCAGGUCUAUUACUAAAAGUGUUUUUAUUUAAUUAAAAACUGACUCUGAGUCUCUUGCUGGUUGGGUAACUAAUGUCUCUGUUUCUCCACAUUUUUCUCUUCAGUCUCCUAUAUUGUGUCCCUGUCAAGUCACAGCUAAUAAUUAAAUAUCAAAUACAAAAUUAGGAUUCUGGGGUUGCCAGAGCCAGUUUCCUCCUGUUAUUUAUUUAUUUUUUUCCUCUCAGUGAAACAUCACGGCCAUGACUGGCACAUGCUCAUGUCUGGAUUAAAAAGGGCUCUGCUCUCCGAUGCUGAUUGAGUUAACUCUGACCAGCUGUUCUGGAACAGGAAACUCAGUUUAAAUAGAAACAUGCUUGUUUGUUAACAUGCUUUCUGGAAUAUGGUCCUAGUUUCUCUGACUCUGUUUAUGAACGUUUGUCACCCUUUGCACUUUAGGGGUUUUUUGUGCUUUUAAAAAAAAGUUUUCUAAUGUUACUUUUCCUCCUGCUUUUAGUUUUCUACUCCAUAUCUUCAUAUGUGGUCUAAAUAUUGAAUAUUUUCUCUGUAAUGUAGCAAUAAAAUGUAAUAAACUAUAA